ACCCAACUCACAGCCUGCCAUGACCAGCGUGACCUUGGGUGACGGGUGAGACCUGAGAACCGCAAAAACCAUGGCGUCGAAAAGCUCUGCUUUCGACGAGGAUUGGAGGCGUGAUGACUUGCCUUUCCCAAGCAACAAGGAGGAGUUCAAGGAAUUCCAGAGCUUUGACAACGCGUUAAAAGGAGCGCAGACGGCUGACAAGGACAUCCUGUCUGCCAACAUCAAUCGUGCAGCGCGGAUUGCCACCUCCAUGAGAACGGAGACAGGAAUCAUACAUGUUGUACGUCGACUUUGCUUGGUCUCCAAGGAUGCGAGUCUGUUCCGAGAGACCGCAGUGUUUACGAUCGACUCCAUCUUGAGACAUGCGACGCGCAGGAAGGACAAGGCGCUGCGCAAGCUUUUUGAAGCGCACCUCCAAGACCAAUUGUGUGACAUCUUCCAAAGGGCUCUGCAAGAUAGCAACUGCGAAGAUUUGGCACAGAAAUUUUAUUCUUCAAUCCUGGUGAAGUGGAAAGACAAGGGAUGGUGUGAGCCAGAGAUCAACGCAGUGGCGGAGAUGAUCCAGAAACUGGUUCCAAGCGUCAGGCGACCUGACGAGUUGAAGGGAGAGGACCUGGUGCCUUCAUUUAGUCCCGACGACGACAUGGUGAAGGGAGGAGACACGACCAACGUCAUGAAGUCCGUGCCCCACACACCUGGUUACGGCUUUGGAGCAGAGUCGCGCAAGACGCAGCCCAUGACACCACAGCCCUACACCCCAAUGAUGGGGCAGCCAGUACCCAUGACACCUGUGACGGCCUACAAGACCCAGAGUGCGGUGUUGCGAUCCACUCCAGCCACACCUAGAUUGACGACCCCAGCAGCUUCCACACCAAUUUAUGGAGCUCCAAUGACUCCAGUCCUGCAACGAGUGCCACUGACGCCGGGGCCUGGAAGUGUCCUGCAGUCUGUCCCAGCAACCCCAUCGGCAGCUCCUCACUUGGUUAUGCAAUCUGUACCAAUGACGCCAGGUUUGGAAUCCAACACGGUUCUGCAGUCAGUCCCGGCAACACCAGGUGUGGGAUUCAGUUCUAUUCUGGAAUCUGUGCCGGCCACACCGGGUGUGGGGGUUAUGGAAUCAGUGCCAGCAACACCAAUGCCUGGAGCCGCUCGGAUGCAGGACAAGACUCCACCUCUACCACAGGGUAUGCCGAUGACACCAGUCGGCGGUCAUUCUACCCCGCAGCCUUUCACCCCAGCAGGAGCACCUCCCCCAACACCGGGAGUUGGAACUCGCCAGCCAUACACACCAGUAGGACCCCCACCUGGUACACCAGCAGGACCACCUCCUCCAACAGGUGCUGUAAGGAGCCAACCUUACACGCCAGCAGGACCUCCACCUGGUACACCAGCAGGACCGCCUCCCCCAACACCAGGUGUCAACCAACCAUACACACCAGCAGGACCUCCACCUGGUACACCAGCAGGACCCCCACCUGCUACACCAGCAGGACUGACUCCACAAUCACAAACACAACCAUACACACCAGGAACACCAGUUAGUGGCACACCAGCAGGACCGCCGCCCAACUCACCAGGGCAACCUGGCACACCAGCAGGACCGCCGCCCAGCUCACCUGGGCAACCUGGCACACCAGCAGGACCACCUCCCAACUCACCCGGGCAACCCGGCACACCAGCAGGACCACCUCCCAACUCACCCGGGCAACCCGGCACACCAGCAGGACCACCUCCCAAAUCACCAGCAGGCAGCAGCAAUCCAUUCACACCUGGACUUGCUGGUUCUUCGGCACCUCCUGGUACACCCGCUGGACCCCCUCCGAGCCCAGGCGCAGAGCCAGGGACUCCAGCUUCGCCUACAGUUCAGCCGUGGACUCCCCUUGGACCUCCUCCACAAACUCCGAACAAUCCAGGCCGACCAGCACCCAAGACGCCUACACCACCACCAGCGACAGCGGUGGCUGCACCACACAAUACAUCAAAUCUGUCCCAACCUGCUUCAGCCGCUCCACCGCUUACUUCAUCAAGGCCAACCAUAUCUCGACCCCCGCAGACAGCUGCAGUUUCGUCAGAGACGGGGAUGCCAACGAGCACCAGGAGUGUCCUCCUGACCCCGAUUGGUGAGGAGAACCCAUCCACACCAGCAUUUAUGCCUAUCGUUGGAGGAGAGGCUGCUCCAAGUACACCAGCACCAGGUGUCAGAGCAGCAGCCACGCCGGCCACCCCGGAUAUGGCUCCAAUGACCCCUGGCUUUGCACCGGUGCACGGUGGUGAGGCUGCACCCCAGACGCCAGUAGGUGUCGCGCCCGUCACAUCGGCACCGGGAACACCCAUGAUGGAGGCCUGGGAAACACGAGCCGGUCAUCCCAGUCAUGAACAGGCGGCCAAGAGGCGGAAAGUGGAUGAGGCCUGAAGACUGUUCGAGUCAAGGUGCUGGUCAGCUGAAUUGCGACAAACAUGCUGAUUGGUCCGCACAAAAUCGCUGCUGACGUG